GAUGCUGCGGCGCAAAUGUCAAGAGACGCGCAGUGGUCUCCAGUGUCCUGGGGUGGGCGGGUGCUGUGCUUCUGCCCAAGGCCAAACUUGUCCGGCCCAGCGCUUGAAACCGUGGCGGCGGCGCAGGAAAGUAAGAUGGGGGAGGAUGUGGGAAACGUCUGUCAGCUGCUCAUAUUUCUCUGGCCUGGACUGGGGGAGCCGCCUCUUGCUCAGCCCGCUGGAAUACGGGACCUUUCCAGCGGCCCGACGGUCGGGGCGCACGACGGAGGCCGGGCCCUCACCGGGCGCCACACACAGUUGGCCGCUCCUCCACUCGAGGGCCAGCUCCAAGCCGCACGGCCCGGCGGCCCAGCCCAGCCCCCGCGCCCCUCCGAGCUCCGGGCGAAGCGCGGACAACGCGGCUCCGCCGCCGCCACUCCCCCCACAUUCCAGAGGCCGCAGCGCCGUCUCCUUCCUCGCAUUCCUGCCCCCACAAAGGAGUCCCUCCGCCCCCCGCACGGCCGCGGGGAGGAGGGGAGGCGGCCCGGCGCCUCCGAGCGCACAUUCCUCCGCCGCGCGCGCCACCGAGCGAAGCGCCGCGGCCCCCGGACCGCGCGUGGCCGGCGGAGCGACCCCGGGCCCGGCGCCGGCCCCGCCCCGCCCCGCGCCCAGGGGUCCCGGGGCGGGCUCCGGGCUUCGGGCGGACGAUGCGGCGGCGCGGCCGGAGCGGCGGCGGGAAGCGGAGGCGGAGGCAUUUGCAUCAAGUGUGGGCUUGGCAUCUAUGGAGCAAGGCAGGCGUGCCAGGCGAUGGGGAGCCUGUAUCAUACUGAUUGCUUCACCUGCAACUCCUGUGGGAGACGACUUCGUGGGAAGGCAUUCUACAACGUGGGUGAGAAAGUGUACUGCCAGGAGGACUUCCUGUACUCCGGGUUCCAGCAAACGGCUGACAAGUGUAGCGUGUGUGGACACCUCAUCAUGGAGAUGAUUCUGCAGGCCCUUGGGAAGUCCUACCACCCAGGCUGCUUCCGAUGCUCGGUAUGCAACGAGUGCCUGGAUGGGGUACCCUUCACUGUGGAUGUGGAGAACAACAUCUACUGUGUCAGAGAUUAUCACACGGUUUUUGCACCAAAAUGUGCCUCCUGUGCCCGUCCUAUCCUCCCUGCACAGGGUUGCGAGACAACCAUCCGUGUGGUGUCCAUGGACAGAGAUUACCAUGUGGAGUGCUACCACUGUGAGGACUGCGGGCUGCAGCUCAGCGGGGAGGAUGGACGCCGCUGCUACCCCCUGGAAGGCCACCUGCUGUGUCGCCGAUGCCACCUGCGGCGCCUCCGGCCUGGGCCAGUUCCCUCACCUGCUGUGCAUGUCACGGAGCUCUGAGCCGGGGCUGAGAGCCCGACCCUGGGGUCGUGUUUGUGCUUGCACGAGCCUGCGGUUUUGCGUGCGUGCCCGUGCGUGCGUAGUUUUGCGUUGAAGCGCGCAUGUUUUUCUGUGCAGGCGCGUGUUUUCUGCUUUCGCGCGUGUUUUUUUGCGUAGGCGCAUUUUUGCGUGUGCGCUGGCGACGCGCGACCCAGGUCAGUGCCAGAGCGUUGUGUCAGGGUGGGCGUGGCGGCGGGCUCCCACCCUACCCCUAUCCCCAUCAGCCACCGAGCUGCUGUCCGAGGGGCCGGCCCCGCGGCGAAGCUAUUAAUAUUUAUUCACCGUCUGUGCCUCCUCAAGCCGCUUUUUUUCUUCCGGGCCCUGCCUGCUUCCCGCCCUUCCCCCCACCAGCGGCUUUCCCUUUCGGGAUCCCCUGUGCCCGGUAGCCUUGUGGUGGGGGAGGCUCCCAGACCGGCUCUGGGUCGCGUAGCUGAAGAUUGCCAUUACCACGUGCAGGGGUGCGGGAUACACGGCCGCCGUCCUCCGACUGGCCUUGGGGCAGGAGUCAGUUUCCCUGAAGCGAAGGGGUCUGGGAUCCCCUUCUAGAGCGCCCCGGGGCUGGGUGUGGCUUGGCAGGCGGGGGGUUUGGGGAAGGGCACGUGUAUUUGUCUCUUAAGCACCUUGCCUGCUGGUUGGGUGGGAAGGGUUCGUUGUUUGGGUGGGGUCACUGGAGGGGGUGAGGAAUGACCCCCCUCAGGGAAUGGGGCCUGCAAAGGACCCCUGCCUUUGGGCUUUGGUCACUGCGGGUUUUGGUCACCCGGAUUCCGAUGGGUGUUUUCAGCAGUCAUCUCGCCCUGGGCUCCUUCCCAAACCCUCCCAUCCUCAGCCUCGCGAAAAGAACGCCUUCUCACUCAGAAUUCCAGUCACAGGUCUCGGUCAAGAGAGACCGCGAGGGGGCGCCCUGCCCACUUGUUGCAGGAAAGCACUGUGUAUUAGGCUCCACGACAAAAAGCAUAUGAAUUGACUUAAAUUAAGUUUUUCUUUUGAGAAUAUUUUCAUUUUCUUUAAAAGAAUAUAGUUUUCUUUUAAAACCUUGGUCCACGGUUGUUAUUUCUUAGGAGAAUCACAAGCUCAAAAAUGUCAAUUUGUGUAGCAUACAGCUAGUGUUCAAGUGGUAAAAGCAUUGUAGUUUGACUAUGUUUUUGUAUAAAUUCCUCUGAAAUCUCA